AUGAUCAAGCACACCAUCAUCACCUGGAACGUAAGAAGGGGCAUGGGGGUCCCGGAAAAACGAUGUAAUAUCUACACCUACCUUUCCACAUUCAAAGCUUCCGCGAUUCUCUUACAAGAGCAUUUCAUCAGACCACAAUUCUGGCAGCUCAUCAAGGACGAGUACGAGGGCAAGCUCUUCAUCAACCAGCACUGCCUGACCCUGAUCCCGGCCGACUCGCCCCUGAUCGACGCCGAGCUCUUGCGCACCCACUCGGCACUCGACGGCCGGCUCCUCGUCACCUCCUUUCGUCUGCGGGGCGACAUCAAAAUUCUAGAAAUCAAUAACCUCUACGCGCCCGUUGACCCAAAACAACGAGCAAAAUUCUUCGACAAACUGAUCCUCCACAAAACACAGAAAUCCCACCUCCGACUCCUUGGCGGCGAUCUCAACAACUGCCCGCGCCCAGAAGUCGAUCGGCGGAACCAAAGUCGGCGCGGCCACCACUGGCCGAUUCUGAUGGGCAAGCUCGACUCGGCCUACACGGACUGCAUCCGCUACAAGCACCCCAUCACCCCAUCUUUCACUCAACCUAAUCCCAAUCGCAAGCGACCCAACUCCUUCUCCCGGCUUGAUUACUUUCUCCUACAAAGAGCUCACCAAAAAAGGCUCGACCAGGCCUCGACGAUCUACGACUAUCCCAAGGAUCUUUCCGAUCACCAACCGGUCUUGAUCGUACUGGCUCUCUCAGACGAUCUUGAUGCGGCUCUCCCACAGCUCAGCCUACCUACCGCAUCCAACCAACUACAUCGAAUCAAUACCACAACCUUCAAGAUGGUGGAAUUUCAGCGGAUGAUGGAAGGAUGGUUGGAAGGGGCAAGUGGGGAGGAUCCGGUGCGAGAGCUUGAGGAGGUUCUGGAGGUGUGCAGGGACAGGGGUGGGGAGAUGGCGAGGAGGCUGCAUCGGGAGCGGACGGAACGGAUGGAGUAUUUGGUGGGGAGGGUGCAGGAUCUGGAGGUGUUACCGGUAUGGGGGGAGGCGGAAACGGCAGAAUGGACAAGGACGUCCGAGGAACUCAAGUGGGCGGUCGAGGAGCGCGCGCGCCUACUCCGGAUCCGAGCCCACGUCCCCGAGAUCGCUUCCGAGGAACGACUGUCGCGGCCGGUCCACGCCAAGCUCGCGGCGCGGAACUCGGACUCCAAGAUCACAGCACUGCGCUUGGGCAACGGAGAGCUAACGCAUGACAUUGAUGUCGCUUUUGACCACACGCAGGCGCAUUUCCAGCGCCUCUACUGUUGA